AUGAAGUGCGGCGCGUGGUCAUCGGGUCUGAGACAGAGGCUGGCGGGCGGACGAGAGUGGGCUGGUGCUGCCGCCGAGCGCGGAGGAGUCCCAGCGACGUCUGGGGUCCACACCCGUCAGCACCGGAGCUGGCGACCUGUGGACAGAGCACCAAUGUUGAAGACAGGGAAGAUUUUUGAGACACUGAAAAUAUGCCCUAUGCCUGAAUUUGCUCGUUUCUUUCAUGAUCUGCUACCACUAAAAAAGUAUCCAGAUAUUGUGGUUACAGACCUCCGCUAUGGGACCAUUUCUGUGAAGCUGUUCCAGCCAAAAGCAUCCUCCUCGACCCUCAGGCCUGGCAUCUUGUUCCUCCACGGUGGUGGGCUGGUCUUGGGGAGCAUGAAAACCCAUUACGGUAUAUGCUGCCAUUUGUGCAAGGAGAGCGACUCGGUGGUUCUAUCUGUUGGAUACCGCAAGCUAGCCAAGCACAAAUUUCCAGCACCAGAAACGGACUGCACCGCAGCCGCAAUCCACUUCCUGAAAUCUCUGCAUUGGUAUGGAGUGGAUCCUGCCCGGGUUGUGGUAUGUGGUGACAGUGUGGGAGGCGCAAUGGCAGCUGUACUUUGUCAAGAACUCAGGAACAGACAGGAUAUUCCCAUGUUCCGUGCUCAGAUUCUGAUCUACGCUGUUUUGCAAGGCCUGGACUUCCAACUCCCUUCUUACCAGCAGAACAAGAAUGUGCCCUUACUUUCCAGGGACUUUGCCUUUUACUGUUGGAGUCGAUACCUAGAUAUCGACCCCUCUUGGAAAUGCACAAUCUUUAAGGGCGCCCAUUUGCCUACGGAAGUCUGGAAAAAAUAUGCCAAGUGGUUGGGCCCAGAAAACAUCCCAGAUAGGUUCAAACAGCGAGGCUAUCGGUGUGUGCCCCAUGCACCCCUCAAUGAGAAUGCCUACUUGGAAAUAAGCUUAGCUCUGGAGAGAACUAGCUCACCUCUGAUAGCAGACGAUGACAUUGUAGCUCAGGUCCCUGAAGCCUGUAUUGUGACCUGUGAGUAUGAUUUUAUUCGAGACAACUUGCUGUUGUACAAAAAGAGACUGGAGGACCUGGGUGUGCCAGUAACAUGGCACCACAUGGAAGACGGUUUUCAUGGAGUGCUCAACACCAUUGACAUGGGAUGCUUACACUUCCCCUGCUCCACAAGGAUUAUGAAUGUGGUAACCAACUUUAUCAAGGGCUUGUGA